AGCGGUGGGUCGCGGUGGCCGAGCCGCACCACCGUCUCCUCCUUGGCCUGGGCGCCGGGUCGGGGUGGGGAGCCGCUUCGCACUGCCGGGCGGCCGCUCGGGCGGGACAGGCCGCGCUGCGCGCUCCUCUCUCUCUCUCUCUCUCCCUUGCAAUCUUAAGAGCAUUCUUCAGGAUAUCUAAGGAACUCACACUAACACUGCUACCCUAGAGCGCUGAGGAGCACGUGACCAGCAGCUGCCGACCCUGAGGACUAUGGUAGUGUAGAGGAAGGCAAGCAAGAAAAGCCAGAUAAAAUGAGCCAGACCACACACGACAUGGAAGAAGAAACUCCAGAGAAGGUGGAUUGUGCCCAGCAGAAAGAUGCAGACAAGUCACAGGCGGAGGAUGAUGGAAGUGAUGGAAGAGAGAAGGCUGAACCGGAAGGGAAUUCCGGGAAGGAAGAUCUGAUGGAAGCCUAUCAGCACCAGGUAGCUGAGGAGAUGGCGAAGGAGAUUAAGAAGAAGAUACGGAAGAAGCUGAGAGAGCAGCUGACUUACUUCCCUUCAGAUACUCUGCUGCAUGACGACAAACUGGGCAGCGAGAAACGGAAGAAGAAGAAGAAGAAAGUCCCGGGCCCACCCAAACCGGAACCGAGUACAUCAGAUGUCUGUGAUAAUACAGUUGAAGGUGAAGAAAAGAAAGAAUGUCCCCUUGAAACUGUUACUUCAGGAUCUCACCAUGAUGAGGAAAAAUGUUCAACAGAACAGAAUGCAGAUAACAGUGUACCAGAGAAGAAAAAACCCAAACCCAAAAAGACCAAAAAGAAGACCAAAGCGGUUUCAGUUGAUAAUGAAGAGAUGAACGGUGAUGGUGUCCAUGAAAUAACAAGCCGAGACAGCCCAAUUUAUCCCAAAUGUUUGCUUGAUGAUGAUCUUGUCAUGGGAGUUUACAUUCACCGAACUGAUCGGCUUAAAUCAGAUUUCAUGAUUUCUCACCCCAUGGUAAAAAUUCAUGUGGUUGAUGAACAUACCGGUCAGUAUGUCAAGAAAGAUGAUAGUGAACGUCCUGUUUCAUCUUAUUAUGAAAAAGACAAUGUGGACUAUAUUCUUCCUAUCAUGACUCAACCAUAUGACUUUAAAAAGUUAAAAUCAAGACUUCCAGAGUGGGAAGAACAAAUUAUAUUUAAUGAAAAUUUUCCCUAUUUGCUUCGAGAUUUUGAUGAUUGUCCAAAAGUCAUCCUGUUCUUUGAGAUUCUUGACUUUUUAAGCAUGGAUGAAAUUAAAAAUAACACUGAAGUUAAAAACCAAGAAUGUGGCUUUCGGAAAAUUGCCUGGGCAUUUCUUAAGCUCCUGGGAGCCAAUGGAAAUGCAAACAUCAAUUCAAAACUUCGUCUUCAGCUCUACUACCCACCUACUAAGCCUCGAUCCCAGUCAAAUGUUGUUGAGAUUUUUGAAUGGUGGUCCAAGUGUCCAAGAAAUCGUUAUCCAUCAACAUUGUACGUAACCGUACGGGGACUGAAAGUUCCAGACUGUAUAAAGCCAUCUUACCGCUCUAUGAUGGCUCUUCAGGAGGAAAAAGGUACACCAGUGUAUUGUGAGCGGCACCGUGAGACAAGUUCAGUAGACACAGAACCUGGACUAGAGGAUUCAAAGGAAGUGGUAAAGUGGAAACGUCUGCCUGGUCAGGCUUGUCGUAUCCCAAACAAACACCUCUUCUCACUAAAUGCUGGAGAACGAGGGUGUUUCUGUCUUGAUUUCUCCCACAAUGGAAGGAUAUUAGCAACAGCCUGUGCCAGCCGAGAUGGAUAUCCGAUCAUACUCUAUGAAAUUCCUUCUGGACGUUUCAUGAGAGAACUGUGUGGCCAUCUCAAUAUUAUUUACGACCUGGACUGGUCGAAAGAUGAUCGCUUUCUCGUCACUUCAUCAUCUGAUGGCACGGCCAGGGUUUGGAAGAAUGAGAUAAACAGUACAAGUACAUUCCGAGUCUUACCUCAUCCUUCUUUCGUCUACACGGCCAAGUUCCAUCCAGCUACACGAGAGCUGGUGGCCACAGGAUGCUACGAUUCUAUGAUAAGGAUCUGGAAAAUUGAUAUGAGAGAAAAUGCUCCCGUAUUAGUCCGCCAGCUUGAUGUUCACAAGAGUUUUGUCAACUCUAUCUGUUUUGAUGAUGAAGGUCAUCACAUGUAUUCAGGAGACUGCAUCGGGGUGAUUGUUGUUUGGGACACUUAUGUGAAAGUGAACGAUUUACAACACUCAGUGCGCCACUGGACAAUCAAUAAGGAAAUUAAGGAAACUGAAUUUAGGGGAGUUCCAAUAAGUCAUUUGGAGGUUCAUCCCAAUGGAAAACGUCUGUUAAUCCACACCAAAGACAGUACACUGAGGAUCAUGGAUCUGCGGAUACUAGCAGCCAGGAAAUUCGUCGGUGCCGCAAAUUAUCGGGAAAAGAUCCAUAGUACCUUCACACCAUGUGGGACUUUUCUCUUUUCUGGGAGUGAGGACGGAAUAGUGUAUGUUUGGAACCCAGAGACAGGAGAACAAGUAGCAAUGUAUUCGGACCUGCCCUUCAAGUCAACUAUUCGAGACAUAUCCUACCAUCCAUUUGAAAAUAUGGUUGCAUUUUGUGCAUUUGGGCAGAGUGAGCCAGUUCUCCUUUAUGUUUAUGAUUUCCAUGUAGCCCAGCAAGAGGCUGAAAUGUUCAAACGCUAUAAUGGGACACCCCCAUUGCCUGGUAUACAUCAAAGUCAGGAUGCCUUAUGCACCUGUCCUAAACUGCCCCCUCAAGGCUCUUUUCAGAUUGAUGAAUUAGUCAACACUGAAAAUAAUUCAUCAAGGAAGAUUCAACUUGUGAAGCAGAGGCUCGAGACUGUCACAGAGGUGAUACGAUCCUGUGCUGCAAAAGUCAACAAAAAUCUCUCAGUGACUUCACCACCACCAGGCCCUCCAAAAAAGCCGAGGGUGAAACAGUCAUUUGUGCUGACCACUGAUGAGAUUAUCCAUCAGUUUGGAUUCCCGCAGACCGCAUACAUCAGCAUAGAAAGAAGGCCUUGCAUCCACCAACAAGUAGAUGCACCGCCAACGGUCGUGGCUCUUUAUGACUACACAGCGAGCCGAUCAGAUGAACUAACCAUCCAUCGUGGAGACAUUAUCCGAGUGUUUUUCAAAGAUAAUGAAGACUGGUGGUAUGGCAGCUUAGGGAAGGGGCAGGAAGGCUUCUUUCCAGCUAAUCAUGUGUCUAGUGAAACACUGUAUCGAGAAUCCCCUCCAGAGGUAAAGAUGCGGUCUCCUCCUUUAACACCCAAGGAGAAAAUCAGAGCAGAAAAGUUCCCAGCUUCUCAAAAGCAGUCCCUCAAUAAGGACAGGUCCCCGGACUCCAGACUGGGCUCUCAGUCCAUGGCACAGACUGAGAAGGGCAAAGAGCACAACCGGGAGGACCGAGGACACAAAGCAGAUCUGCAGGCGAAGAAAAGCGAGCCAACGGCCCGAAAAGUCACCCUGAUAGAGUAAAAAGUCAGAAAAGAACCAAGAAGCAACCCGAUGAGCAGAAAUGAAACGAAAAGCCAAGCCAAAUGGGUUUCUCUUUAGAUUCUGGAAGAAAAGAAGUAUCCACUAUUUAUUGACCAACCUUAUGAGAAACCUGAAGUGAAGUUUGGCUGUUUAAAAAAAAAAAUCAAUGUGGCCCUCUGGGCAUAAUUGUUAUAAACCAUUGUGAGUGUUAUUGGUCAAAGUAUUGUAUCUGUGCUAUUAGUAACUGCAUAAAAAUGAUACUGCUGCUAUUGGAAAAACCAAUAAAGAAACCGCAGAACUGCUACUCAGCAAACGUGAAUACAAGUGUGCGCGUUAUUCACCUGUUCCCUAAGUCGUCAUCCAGUGUUACUGUGUCUGUGACGUGGCUGUAGGUGUGAUGCCCUGCUCAGAAUGCAGAACAUCUGCUUCGAAGCUAACUGUGUGUAAAAGACAAGCAGCUUCUGAAUAUCGUGUAUUCACACUGCCCCAGUAACAAAGGCAGUCAGAGAAACAAUUUGCUUCUAAGAACUAAAUGUUUACUUUGCUUUUGAGUGAAUUAUGUGUGUAACUCAACACACCUAAACUAAGAGUGAUUUUGGAUUUAGUGAUUUAGUAUACCAAAUUUAUUUCCGUUUUUAAAGGCAGUUCAUAUUUAAGCAUAUAAGUAAUUUACAGAUCUAAAUUGUUUACUAUUUAUUUUAGUCUGAAUAUUUAUUUUUAAAUUAUUACACAGCAUUAUUUAUGUCUUUAUUUCCAGAAUAACAAUGCCAUACCAUAUAUGGCCAUAUGAUUUGAAGUUGGAUGUAACAGGGAAAUUCAUCCUUUUUUGUUUUUCCUUGACUCUUCCUUGUCUUCAACCAUGUGAUAAGUCUGUCAGUAGAACAGUUAACCUCAACAAGGUCAAAGUCUGUGGUAAAGUUAGAAAAACUUAUUUACCAAAGUCGACAAUUGAUUCCAUUGAAAUAAGAAGUGAGAAAAACUGUGUUGAGCACUGAGGUGUAAACUUGUCCAGAUGUACCGGAGUGAAACAGCUCCAGUACAAAUAGAUGGGGCUCUCUCCCUGCACAUGUUGUUGUAGAAGCUUAGAAGUGGUAAACACGAGCCUGCUGUGGAACCUCUGUAGUGUUGUUGUCAUUAAAAGGAGUUUUCCAAAGCAUGGAGUGGCACUGAAAACUGCUGAAGCCCACAGCGCUCAGCACCCAGGCUCCUCUGCCAGUGCCAGGCUGGCAUUGUUCUGGCUUUGUGUGUCCGUGCUCUGGGUGCAUUCGGGCCAGGCAGCUGAGUCACUCUGUAUGUACAUGCUUUGCUUUCUGUCUUGUGAGUGUGAUGCUUAAAACAGUAAAAAAUAAAUAAAGAUAUGUGUCCCUACUA